CUCACACCCUCUCCUGCUUCCAUCAUUAUUGCUUCAUUACCGUCGGUUGAUGGGAGACCCAAAAUCCACCCCCACCGCCCUUGUCGUCGCCGCCGCCGCCACGAGUUCCCCAGAUCCACCACCAGAAUCUUCAACUCCACCGCCACCUCCACCGCCACCACCACAAUCAUCUUCGUCCUCGUCUUCCUCUUCUCUUGUUCCCCCAUCCAAACGAAAGAAAAACAAAACCAAGGUCUUUCGAGUCUUUCGGUCAGUAUUUCGAUCCUUCCCAAUCAUAACACCAGCAUGCAAAAUCCCAUCGCUCCCGUCAGGGCUAUCAGACACGCUCCGAACACCGUCGGGGAGAAGUGUGACUGGAACGCUCUUCGGGUACAGAAAAGGGCGCGUGAGUCUAUCAAUGCAAGAGACUCCAAGAAGUUUUCCUAGCAUUGUGAUUGAGUUAGCCAUGCAAACAAACGUGUUGCAAAAGGAGAUGAGCUCAGGGAUGGUUAGGAUCGCUCUCGAGUGCGAGAAGCGAGCCGAUAAGGCCGACAAGACGAAGCUCAUGGACGAGCCGUUAUGGACCAUGUUUUGUAAUGGUAAAAAAACUGGGUAUGGUGUUAAAAGGGAAGCCUCCGAUGAAGAUCUCAAAGUCAUGGAGCUUCUCCGACCGGUGUCAAUGGGUGCCGGAGUCUUGCCGGGAAACUCUGACGUGGAGGGCCCCGAUGGUGAGCUGGCAUACAUGAGGGCCCACUUUGAACGAGUGGUGGGGUCCAGGGAUUCAGAGACUUUUUAUAUGUUGAGUCCAGAGGAGAAUAAUGGGCCGGAGCUUAGUAUUUUUUUUGUAAGAAUUUAA